CCUAGUUGGAGGGGCUGGGCCUGGAGAAAGUUCCGGCGGAGAAACAGAUUGACUGACGGACAUACUCGGUCCUGCUUCCCGGCUGCCGCUCGGAGCCCUUACCUCGGAGCCGAGCGCGGCCAGAGAAGGAGCCGCUGCUGGCGCCAGCAUCAUGGUGUUCUACUUCACCAGCCACGCUGAUUCAUCUGUUUACACCAUUUAUAUGGGAAAAGAUAAAUAUGAAAGUAAGUUUACAAAGCAUUUGAUUUUGAAAUUUCCAACAGAUGAAGAUCUAAUAAAAUAUGGCUGGCCAGAAGAUAUUUGGUUUCAUGUGGACAAACUCUCUUCAGCUCACGUGUACCUUAGACUACACAAGGGGGAAAGGAUAGAAGACAUUCCAAAGGAAGUGCUGAUGGAUUGUGCGCACCUUGUCAAGGCCAAUAGUAUUCAAGGCUGCAAGAUGAACAAUGUUAAUGUGGUAUAUACACCGUGGUCUAAUCUGAAGAAAACAGCAGACAUGGAUGUGGGACAGAUAGGAUUUCACAGGCAAAAGGAUGUGAAAAUUGUAACAGUGGAGAAGAAAGUAAAUGAGAUUCUGAACCGAUUAGAAAAGACCAAAAUGGAGCGGUUCCCAGACCUAGCAGCAGAAAAGGAAUGCAGAGACCGAGAGGAGAGGAAUGAGAAGAAAGCCCAGAUCCAGGAAAUGAAGAGGAAAGAGAAAGAGGAAAUGAAAAAGAAGAAGGAAAUGGAUGAACUUAGGAGUUAUUCUUCAUUAAUGAAAUCUGAGAAUAUGUCUUCAAAUCAGGAUGGCAAUGAUUCAGAUGAAUUCAUGUGAAUGAAGAAAACGGACUGUGAAUUUUUGGACAGAUACAGACAUUUUGAUUUUCAGAUGUGUUCUGCAUACCAAAAAACCCACCUAAACCCUACAUGAAUAUCGUUAACUUUGGAGAUUUGAGAACUUGGUUCAAUUUUUGUUUGUGGAAAAUGAUCCCAUGUAUAACAGUGGAGCUUGGAGACAAAGUAUGUAGCUUUAAGAAUGAGGAAAUGUUUGUACCAGAAGAACAUGUCUUGGCUCUUCAUGAGAGUUGGCUCUCCUUACUCUUGGGAUAGGUUUCCAAAAUAACUAACUUGGGGAAGUAUUUGUGUUGCCAUAUUAUUUCCUUGAAAAAAAACAGAUGUCAUAGAAGACCCGCCUAUUUUUAAAUUUUACCCCUUGUAUAUGUUUUGUAUAGUAGAAUGGGGCAUUUGGGGAGAGUGAUUUCUCACAUUCACUGAUUAGAAAUUGAUAUGUAUGUGGUUUGGAAUGACAGGAAUUUGGGCCUGUGCUUUUUUGAACUAAGUCAAUUAAGAGGGACUUAAUUACUCUUUGUAUUGCUCAACUUGUUCAAAGAAAGAUUUCAUAUGCAUGUUCUGUUUUCAUUUCUUAUCCUAUAUCUGCAUAGUGAUCAUAGUGAUCCUGUGAUCUUUUAGUCAAACUCCAGGUUCUAGCUUUUUUAAGACAAGGGAGGUCAUCUAUUGACCAUCAUAAUGCUAUUAUAUUAAAAGGAACAGUCAUUGAUCUUUGAGAUUGGGAUUCAUACCAGUUUUCAUUAGCAGACAUUCAACUUUGGCCACACAUACGGAUUCUAUGUUUUAAUGGUUUCUUAACAUUGGGGUAUCUGAGACCUCAGUCUUAUUUGCCUCAAUCUGGUUUAAGGAGGCCUGCUACCCCAAAAAAUCUUUUUUGCUUCUGGGUUUUUAAGUGCAAUGAUCUCUGUCCUCUGAAUUUUCUUCAGGAUCUAUUAUUUUAAAAGCCCCUAUAGCAACCAAAGCAUGAUGAUUGUUUUAGAGAUUCACUAAGAGCAGCUAGAUAACAUAGUUGUAGUGGGAAGGGGGUAUUUUACAAACCUCCUCCUAGGCUUGUAACCCUCAUUUCAAAGGUGAGCCUUGUCUUCAGGGUGCUUGCCUCAUGAAUGCAACAAGAGGCCAGUGUCCACAAUGCAGAUAUGAUACCAGAAAAAAAAAGAUAGAAAAUUUAAAGAGUUUAACAGUCAAUAGGCCAACAUUGUUGUCUUGAAGAAGUAGGCUUGCUCUUUAUAGUUGUAACACCAGAUAUAGAUUUCUCCCCUUGAUCUGGAAUAAAGGCCUAGCUGGUUCUUCCAGUUGCAUCAUCUUAUGUCUAAGGACUUUAGUGAUUUUAGUGCCGUAAAAGAGGAUAAAGAAACAAUGAAACAGAAAACAAAAACUUAGCAAACUUCUUUCUCAAAUGAGAGAGAAAAGUAGGACCCUAGGCCCAUAUUUAAAGCCUUUUCAUUUUGGGUAGGACCUGUGAGAACUUGAUCUGCUGACAUAGCCUUUGAGAAGAAGCCAGGGUGGCUUUCACACCAGAGUUAAGAUUAAAUCAGGACUUUCAGUAGAAGAAACUACACAGAUGAGUUAAAUUGUAAUUACAUAGAUUCAUAUUAUUAAUUUUGCCAGUUUAAAACAUCAGUCCAUCUCUAAUAAAUUCCCUUUUUCAUUGCCUUUCUAGAUAGCCGAUCUCACCUCUAGCCUUCGCCCUUAGGAUCAUUGCAGUUUUUGGGGUGGGAGAAUGGUUCCACUUACUCUCUAGCCCAGGACUCGGAAUAUUUCAGCUCCUUUUGUUUCUAGGAAAUCCAGCUCCUUUUAGGUUCUCAGGUCCCCUCCAUAGAUUCAGUUCAAAAUUGUUCUCCUUGAAGCAAUUUGACACUUUGUUAGUGUCCUUUGGGUUCUAACUACAUAAAUUGUUUGAUCAGCUUCUACUCUUUCUCAAGUUCCAGCACCUUGUUUGGUUCACUUGAGCCUCCAGUCUUAAUUAGCCCCUUCUGGAUUCUCCAUGAACCUUCAUAACUCUGCCACCAGAUUCACUUAUGUAAUUGGUUGCAAGAUGGCCAAGUAUACGAGGUACAUUAGUAUCUCAAAUUAUUUUUCAUCUAUUUCACACUUCCUGCCUCCAGUAUUCUUUGCAGUAUUGUAAUCUUUAAAUUCCACAUUAUUUUGCAUUACAUCUACCCUAGCUGGUCUGGGGUCAGUUAUGCCAGAGGGACUUGUGUGUAUAUUUGGGGGGUGGGAGGGAAGAAAGGGGGUGAUUACAGUGCCUUAGCAGAAGAUUUAUCACCCUCUAGGAACUGGCAUUCCAUCCAGUAGAACCAGAUAAACAGUCUGAGCAUUUUCUUUGAUCUCAUUUGUGAGAAAAUCCCCUCAAUACAGGUGAUAAAGGCCUUUGUUGAAAUUAUUCACUCUCUAUUACAUUCUUUUACUCCUGAAGCCUCUGGUUCCACAGGCUUUCAAACCAGAACACUCAUUUCCCUCCUUCAAGAAAGGUGUGAAUCAUAUUUUAAACAGGUUUAGACUGAGAAGAUGAUCCUCGAUAGCUCACCUGCCUUGCAAUCUCUAGUUCAGAGCUAAAACUAUUCUUCUCAGCUUUGCAUCAGUCGGAAAGAUGAAACUUGGUUCCCACAAUGUAAUAAGGAAGGCUUCUAAGCAGGAUAACAAGGUAAGAAAGCUGGAUGAUUUCUCAAUUUCUCCUAAAUCACAGUGUGAUUUUGUUAUUUUGUUGGAAGCCCAGUCUGAUGGUUAUGUAAAAAAACACUUUAUUUCAACCAUAACCUACAUAGAGGUGAUUAGGUUAUCCCUGAAGAGGUCUGCAAAUGCCUUCACAAAAGAGAUUGGGUUAACCUAUACUCCAAAUGUAAAAUGGAAAGUUCACUGAUUUUGGACCCCCAAACAAAAUAGCAACCUCAAGCCAACUUGACCGUUCAGCUGAGAGCCAAUGUGUUCUGAUUCUAAGUGGCUGGUGUGUAAAACUCAAAUAAAAUCUUUGGUGUCAUUAGAA